UCACUCGCACAAUAGAGAAAACCCUUCUACCUCCUUUACAUCCCUCGAUCUAAAAUACUCCCUUAAUAAAAGCGCUCCUGUAUUUUGUUUCACCACCCUCUCCUUUCCCUACCACAUAUAUCUUCUUUCUUUUCUUAAACUGUUUCUUAAUAAAAUAAAUUUGGUCUCAAGCCUUUCCCAUUCAGUGUUGUAUUUCCAUUGAUCAGAAUCCUUUAUCAGAACUGUAAGCGUGAAUGUUGUAAUGGAGACUAAGGGCGGUAAAAAGAAGUCUAGUAGUAGUAGUAGUUCUUUACAAUACGAAGCUCCUCUCGGUUACAGCAUUGAAGACAUUCGUCCAAACGGUGGCAUCGAAAAGUUCCGAUCCGCUGCUUACUCCAACUGCGUUAGGAAGCCAUCCUGAUAUACCUUCAAACAAAAUGGCACUCUCGAUCUUAGAGUAGGAUUUUCUUCGGCAUCUUUUAUUUAUUUAUUUUUCUUUUUGUUUCGUUUUCUCUCUCUAAUUUAAGAAGAUUUUCUAAGAAUCAGAGACUGAAGCUUCCUUGAUCAAAUACAAAAACCAUUGAAAACAAUUUCUAGUGAUAUUGUUAGCAUUGAGCUUUUGUUGUAAUGAGAAUGGACAUGGAAUCACCGCUGCCUCCUUCACCAAUAGGCUUCGAGGGCUUUGAAAAACGCUUGGAAAUCACUUUCUUCGAUCCACCCGUCUUCAAUGACCCAAAUGGAUACGGUCUUCGAGCCCUAUCUAGAGCCCAAAUCGACUCAAUCCUCGAGCCAGCUUGCUGCACCAUUGUUUCUCAGCUCUCAAAUUCCAACUUCGACUCGUACGUUCUCUCAGAGUCGAGCCUCUUCAUUUACCCAAACAAGAUUAUCCUGAAAACAUGCGGAACCACAAAGCUUCUCUUAUCAAUUCCUCCGAUUCUCCAACUCAGUAACUCAAUCUCACUCACUGUGUCACGAGUUAACUACUCACGUGGCUCCUUCAUUUUUCCUGAUCACCAGCCCUCCCCUCACCGUAACUUUUCUGAGGAAGUUGCAAUGUUAAACGGCUAUUUCACUGAUUUCAUUACCGAAGCUUAUAUAAUCGGCAAUCCAAAGCUUCAAAACCGUAGCUGGCACAUUUACUCGGCCGUACCAAAAAGUUCACCACCGUUCGUGGAAGAUCAGAGGGCAGAGAUCACUCUGGAAAUGUGCAUGACAGGUUUGAAUAGAGAAAAGGCAGGCGUCUUUUACAAGAAAUCGGGAGACGAGAACCACUCCGCACGUGAAAUGACGAAACUGUCCGGAAUCGCUGACAUUAUUCCGAGUCACGUGAUAUGCGACUUCGAGUUUGACCCCUGUGGGUACUCAAUGAAUGGGAUCGAUGGGUUGGCUUACUCUACGGUGCACGUGACCCCAGAAGAUGGGUUCAGUUACGCUAGCUACGAGUUCAUGGGGCUCGACCUUGAGACCAUCAAGCACGAACCAUUGGUUAAGAGGGUGCUAACAUGUUUUGGUCCAAAAGAGUUCUCUGUUGCGAUCACGUGCAAUGGUGGGGUCCCUGUCUGGUUCAUGGAAGUUGCUGACGUGGAAGGCUACACAUCUCAGUAUACAGUGAAGCAAGAGCUGCCACGUGGAGGGUGUGUGGUUUACAGGACUUACUCCUCCGUGGGUGAGAGGUGCAUGGUUCGCAUCCCGACUAAAUUAGCCAUGCAGCAGCGGUGCUGGGAGGCUGCAGCGGAGGAAGAGGAGGAGCAAGAGGUGGCUGGUGGUGGGGCGGUGGUUUGUCAGUGUAUUUCGUCAGCCUGAGAGUUGUCAGUCAGUCAGUCACAGGCUGUCAUGGAGUUAUUUCUAUUUUCGAGUUAAAUAAAAAAUUUUGGCACUAGGCUAUGUUUUAAUAGGGUCGAUUUGUAGACUGAUUUAAAAUAUGAUUGGUAAAUAAAAAGGUCUGGCAAUGGCAUAAUCUUUGCGAGGGGGGUCCCUAGGCAAAGCUUAUUGUCAGUGUCACUUGGAUGCCUUCGUAGCGUUAGAGUCGAACUUUAUGAUUUGAUUGUAAGGACUGAUCUGAAUUGAAAUAUUAGUAUAAAUGUGAUUUGUCGUUCA